CAUGGACCAGUUGAAGGCUCCUGGCUCUACCUCUCCACGGGCGGCCGCACGGUCAACGCAUCCAAAUCAUUCCUGGCCAACCUCUGGAAGGACUACGCCAAAGCCGACCAACGCUGGGGCUGGGCGGACCCGACGUGUGUUUCAAUUGAGAUCCUAACCGUGCUGGGCGCCGGGCCGAUCGCAGCGUACUGCGCCUACUUGCUCACCAAGAACGACCCGCGAUACCACUUCUGGGCGAUAGUGUUGAGCACAGGCGAGAUCUACGGAGGUUUCAUGACGUUCUCUCCUGAGUGGCUGACAGGAAACAAGUUUCUCAUCGGCUCGAGCGACUUUUUGCUCUUUUACGUGUACCUCUGCUUCAUGAACCUUGUAUGGGUCUUCGUACCCCUGUACCUGCUUUACGACUCAUACCAGGCCGUCACGACCGGCGCCAAAGCGGCAUACGUAGUUAAGGCAUCGCUUGCUUCAGUCCGGAAGAAGAGGUAA